AUGUAUUAAUUUCACUAAAAUGAAGAUCUCAAUUAUGAUGAAUUUGAUCCUGAUAAUUUGGAUAUUGAAGAUGUAGUAAAGUAAAGAUGGAAAUAAAGAAAAGGAAAUGUAGUUGGAAUGCAAAAUAAUAGAUUACCUCCGAUAAGAAAAAAAUUUAUAGAUGUAAUUAAUAAGUUUUUUAUUCAGCCAAUAAUAUCAUAAACACAUCAAAUUGAAGAAUUUUUAAAAAUUCAUUAAAUAUCAUUCAAAACACCAGAUGGAAAACUUCCUGCUGAUCCUUUUUUAUCUUGGGAUUGUUUAAAACUUCCCCCAAAAUUUAAAAAUGUAAUCGAUUAGCUUAAAUUUAGUGAUCCUACUCCUAUUUAAUCUGUAGGUAAUAAUUAAAUAUAAAAAUAUAUAGUAUUCCCAUUAAUUUUAAGUGGAUAUGAUGUUAUUGGAGUAGCAGAAACUGGAUCAGGCAAGACAUUUGGGUAUUUAUUACCAGGUCUUAUAUAAUUAUCUGGUCAAAGUUAUCCAAAUAAUUUUAGAAAUUAAAUUAAUGGACCUGAAAUGUUAAUUUUAGCACCUACUAGAGAAUUAGUUAUGCAAAUCACUCAAUAAGUAAAAUAGUUUAUGAGACCUGGAGAGGUUGCAAAUGCUUAUGGAGGUUUAAAUAGAGAUGAAUAAGCAUAAUAAAUAAAAUAAAAUCCAACUAUUUUAGUAGCUUGUCCUGGAAGAUUGAAAGACUUUUUAGAUAGUGGAAUUGUAGAUUUAUCAAAAGUGACUUAUCUUGUUAUAGAUGAAGCUGAUCGAUUAUUAGACAUGGGAUUUGAAGAUGAUGUUAGAUAUAUAGUAUAACAAACUAGAUUUGAUAGACAGACUGUUUUCUUUUCUGCAACUUGGCCUAAAGCUGUAAGAAAUUUAUCAUUUGAUUUUUGUGCAGAGAAUCCAAUAUAUAUUUAAGUGGGUAGAUCUAAUCUAACCAUUAAUAAAAAUAUAGAUUAAGAGAUAAUUUGUUUGUAUAAUAAUGAAAAAUUAUAAACAUUACUUGAUAUAUUAGAUUAAUUGAAAAUUACUGAUAAAGUAUUGAUAUUUGCAGAAACUAGAAUGAGUUGUGAAUAAUUAUCGGUUGAUAUGACUAAUGAAGGAUAUUAUGCAGUUGCACUUCAUGGAGAUAAAACAUAAAGGCAAAGAGAUGAAAUUAUGUCAUAUUAUAAAAAGGGUGAUACUAAAUUACUUUGUGCCACUGAUUUAGCCUAAAGAGGAUUAGAUGUUUCUGAUAUUACAGUUGUAAUCAACUAUGAUUUUCCAAAAUUUAUUGAUGAUUAUAUUCAUAGAAUUGGUCGAACUGGAAGAGCUGGUAGAAGAGGAAGAGCAUUUAGUUUUUUUUCUUUUGAAAAAGAUUCACCAUAAAUGGCAAGAGAAUUAUUAAAAUUGAAUAAUAUACAUUCAAUUAAAUUUAAUUUCUAACUUAUGUAAGAAAUAGCAAAUGGAAUAAGUAAUUUUAUUAUAAUUUAAUUUAGAAUAAUAUAGAGAUCCUAAUACUUUUAAGGGUACAAUUAAAUAUGGUGGUUAAAUUAUGACUCAUAAGAAUAAUCCUAAAUUUAAUAUACCAUAUUUAACAUAAGAGGAAAGGUCAAAAUUAUAUAUGUAGCCAUAUCAAUAUGAAAAUGUGUAAUAUAUACUGAAUAUAAUUUAAAUAGAAAUAGAAAUAGAUAAAAGUAAAAUUAAGGAUAAGAUCACUAAAGGCGUACUCAUGGAUAAUACAAUAAUAGGUAAUUUUAAUAGGAAGAAAACUUUUAUUAAUAAUAAUUUAGAAAUUAGGUAAUUUAUUAAUAUAUUAAGUUUAGGGGCAUAAUAAUUAGAGAAGAUAUUAGGAUUAAAAUUAUAGAUCAUUUUAAUAAGUAGAAUAAAGUGAUUUUCAAAGAUAAAGUAGAGAAGAUUAUUUAGAUUAUGAUAAAGUUAAUGGUAGAUAAGGAAACUAAAGAAAUUAAUAACCUAGAUUUGGUAAUCAAGGAUAAGAUUAUCAACAACAAAAUUAUGGAUAAUAAAAUAAUUAAUACGAAAAUAAUAGAAGGUAUUAAGAGAAUAAAAUGGAUUAAUUUGAUCAAAAUAGAUAACCAAAGUUUUUAUAUCCUGAUAAAGAUUAACAAUUUUCAAAUAAUAGAGAUUAAUUUUAAGAAAACAGAAUGUAAUUCAACUAUAGGGAUGAUUAAACAAAUAAAGAUUAAAGAAUCUAAGUAGAUACUUAUCAAAGAUAAUAAAAUCAUUAAAAAGAUUAUUAAUUUGAUUAAUAAAGAGAUAAUAAUAAUAAUUAGAGAGAUUAUAGAUAACAAUAAAAUUAUAGAAAUUAAAAUGAUUAUUAAUAACCUUAUGGUUAAAGAUAAGGUUUUAAUAAUUAAAGAGAAGAAAAUUAAACAGAAUUCUAUAGAAAUCAAAAUCCUAAUCAAAAAUAUUGGGGUGAUAAUAAUAAUAGGUAAGGAUUUACAUAAAGAUAAAAUGAUUAAUAAUUCAUGAAAACAUCUCCUAUAGAUAAUUAUAGAGAUAAAAAUUUUAAUUAUUAAAGUAGAACAAAUGAAAGAAGUAAUUAAGAUGGUAGAAAAGGAAAUCAAUUUUCAUGGCAAUAAUAAACUAAUUAUUAAGAUAAUUAAAAGUUUAAUAAUUAAAAUAAUGAUCAUUACAGAGCAAAUAAUAGAAGAAAUUUUGUGGAUGUUAGUGAAUCUUAAAAUGAUAAAUAAUAAAUAAGGAUAGAUUAAUUUCAAUAAGCUGAAUCUAUUAUUGAACCUAAUUUUAAUAACUUUAAAUUUAAUGAAGAUUAAAAUUAGGAUAAUUAUAAAAAUAAUGAUUACAAUCAAAAUUAAUAUCAUUCUAAUUAAGAAUAGAAUAGAAGAUUUAAUAUAAUAGAAAAUGAUUAAGAAUAAAGAAUCAAUCCAAAUACACAAUAACCUACUAUAAAUAGAUUUUAUAAUAAUUAAAUAUAGAGUCCAAAUAUUCAAGUUCAUCAAACAAGAUUAGAAUAUUCUAAUUAAUAAUAAUUUGAAUAAAAAUAAGCUCCAAAUACUUUUUACAAUGAAAGAUCUCAAAAUUAACCUUAAGUGUAUAAUAUAGAUAUAUAUAUAGGUUUGAUAGAUAGAAUAAUUAAAAUUAAGGUUCUCUUUAAGAUAAAAAAAUGGAUUAGUUACCAUUUGAAAAUUAAAGAUAAAAUAAUUAAAGACCCAAUUUCAUUUAAUAAUAGUUUCAUAAUAAUAAUUUUAGAUAAUCCCAAAGUGAUUAAUAAACUUUCAAUAGGAAUGAAAGAAUUUAAGAUGAAUAAUAAGAAAAUGAUGAUGAUAAUGAAUAUAAUUUUACUAGAUAUGAUAAAUAUGUGGAAGAUAAUUGUAAAUAAUUUGAACUUUAAUAAGUCUAAAAGUAUUAUAAAUAUUUAAAUUUUAAGAUCAAAUGAAUAAGAAGUAAAUAACAGUAGAAAGAAUUCAAAUUAAUAAGAAAAUUAAAACUAAGAAUAAUAUAAUGUAGAUUCUUAAGUAUAAUAUUGA